GAUGAUGAUGCAGGUUUUUCCAGAAUGCGUGACUGGAAAAUAUGACGGGAAAACACGAAACGACGUGAAAUUUAAACACAACAAAGGAAAUAACCUCGUUUUUUAUCCUAUCAAAAUGCACUGAUAAAAUUAAAAAGAUUCAUUCACUUUUAUUGACAAAUUCCUUCCGCUUGCAUUCUGGUAAAGCGUAUAUACAUUUAUCGCCUUCUCCUUAUUCUAUCGUCGAAAAAAAACUAAUGUCGAGUAUACUGUCACUGAAAAAGAAUUCGUACAUAGACGGUAGACCGUGGUGAUUUGUGCGUGAUUAUAACUUAAGAACAAUGCGCGUCAUUCGGUCACAUCUUAGCCAAAGUAUUAAAAAUUGUUUUGACUUCUUCUAGCAAUUUGUUUUUUUAAGCAAAUUUUAGGAAAAUACAAACACAUUUGAGGAGGCUUCCGAGUAACCCGGCAGUCAAAAUAUCGAAAAAUAUUUUGAAAUGUUUUGAAUAUUUCCCCACAUUUUGGCCGCAGAAAUGACAGUGCAUGGAUCAGCGAUCUCAUAAUGUCAAGGAAAGGACGCUGUCUUUGGUCCCUGAUUGUCCUUGCAAUUCUCUGUUUCCUGGCAGUACUGACUAAUGCUCAAAGGAAAGAGCGAGGCACCAAGUGUACAAUAGACAUCCUUGUACUUCUUGACACUUCAUUUUCAAUUGGUCCGGAUAACUUUAGGAAAAAAGUUAAACCGUUUCUGAAAAAAUUCGGGAGUAUACCAGAGUUAAACGUUUCACCAGAUGGGACUCACAUUGCGAUCUAUGCAUUCAGUUCAAAGAAGAUGACCAAGCUACUUCUCCCUUUUGAGAAAGGCUACGGUCCGCAAUACAAUAAAACCGUUGAUAGGAUUAACUGGGAAAGAGUCAGAGGUCCUCAUACAAGAACUGAUUAUGGAUUUCAACAAGUCGGACGUAAGAUUUUUUCGCAACGAAGUCCAUUGAACUACCGACCACAAUAUGAUGACGUAAUCCUGUUGCUGACGGAUGGGGAACCUCACGGUAUUACCGACGUGAGAAGAAAAGCCAUCGAACAAGCGAGGAUUAUAAAGGACAGAGGAAUAAUUGUAGUUGGCUUGGGGGUUGGGAAUGUCAAUAUGGAUACACUUGAAAAACUGUCUACCCCUGGUGACGCGGUGAUGGCCUCUUUCGAAAGCAUUCAUACGGAAAUAGAACGACUUGUUGCCAGUUCCUGUCAAGUAUUCCAGCCAGCGGAAAAUUGCAAAUGUCCAGCACGUGACCUUGGCGAUUUACGCGUUAAUCCAGACAGAUUAACACGAGAUGUAUUCUGGGAAAUACCAGAGCCCGAGUGCCCAGAAGGUUUGAAAACUGAACUAAAGAACACCCUAUACAAACCAGAUGUCUCAUCUGGAAACGAGUUUUCUAUUGGUCGACAGGAAAUCGUGUAUUUAUAUAGUGUGAAAAGCGUGACUGACGGGAGAAGUUUUUCUGACGUCCAGUGCGACAUUGUUUUUGAAGUUAAAGGGCAAAACUUUUGUGGUGGCAAGGCUUAUUUGACAACGCUGGAAGAAUGUUGUUGUGGCAAGAUAUACAAAAAAAACCCCAAUUUUCAAUGCUGUGGCACUAUUUAUUUCUCAAAGUCCACACAAAGAUGUUGUCCGGGGUAUACACUGCGAAAAUUAGGCGAAUCCUGCUUUGGACCUCCAUGCAAAUGUCCAGAGGUGAAUAUCGGUACAAAGUACAUCAAACAGGGUGAUCGUAAUACAAAUGUCGUCUGGGCAAUGCCACGUCCCACAUGCGGCGGAAGAUUAAAAACUUCACCAAACGAACGAUCUGGCCAGAGUUUCGCACCUGGUGUGUAUAGAAUAACGUACGUGUACUCAACCCCCAGCCGAAUUGAUGUCACGUGUACAAUACGUUUUGAAGUUAAAGAAUGUGGUUGUCCACUGCCUGUUCCGAAAACCUUUAACGUUGUUCCUGGUGAAACCACCACUACCGUGUCCUGGAAUGUGCCCAAACCCACGUGUUCGGAAGCAAUACGAGAUACCAUAGCACCUGAGGUGAUCAGGUCGGGACAGCCCUUUUCCAUUGGUCAACAUGCGUUAAUAUAUACGUACAAUAUGAACAAUCAGUUUGAUCUGACAUGUGCGGUUAUGUUUGAAGUGAGAGGGCCUUUGUGCCGUGAAAGAGGUUACAAUCCUGCAAACCAAAUUUGCUGUUGCGGUACAGUUCAUAACAUAAUCCCCCGUUACGAAUGCUGCGAUCAAGAUUAUUAUUCAUUGAACACCCAGCAAUGCUGUGCCAACUCGAUCGUGCGAGACAAGACCGUAUCUUGCCCACGACAAUGAAGAAAAUGAAAAUUUAAACAUAAAGUACACCUUUACUAUAUAUUUUCUAUUUCAUAUAUAAAUCAUAGUCCUAUAUGAUACUUUAUGUAACUACCGUUUCUCAACUCUACAUUUUGUCAUGUAAUGUCACCUUUUUAGAAUAUCGAUCUUAAAAUUUUA